UAGGUAUGGAAGCAGAAGAUGUAACGCAAAAGAUUGGAGUACCCCACCUUACUUUGGAGAACUAUGAGUUAGCAGAUCCAGACACUAGAUAUAUUCUAACUAGCCCUCGAUCAUUGCAGGCGUGUGAUAGGUGUGGCGUCAGGCCCAUUGAGUUGUUGAGAACACCAGUCGAAGAGUUCUAUAACCGUUACAAAGACAGGGAUUACCUCACUCGGAGUGAUAUUCUCGAUGAGUUUCACUUACAGGAGCAAGUAAGACUUGCAAAGUUAUCACAAGCACGUGAAGAAAGACAGCGUAUUAUUUACCUUGAUGUGGAGAGUGAGGCUGCUAAAAUACCACGCUAUCUUCUUGGCAAUGAUGUCGAGAGAAGCCGCUCUGCAAGUCCGACUAAGAGGUCUCCUUCGAAAGUUGCGAAGAAAGUAGCUUGGGAUAGUUCAACUAAAGGAGCUGAGCUAGAACUGAGAACCAGCUUGGAGGUGGCGCCGGAUGCUAUCGUCUCAUCUCCUGUUAAAGCUCAGAAAUCAUGGGCAGAGUCACUCAGAUCACCAGACUUAAUCAGAAGAUCUUCAACUCCAAUACUUGACAGAUCGUGUGAUGAUUUGUCGGUGAUAGGGAGUAGAAAUAGGAUAGCACUCCGGAACAAAUCAGCUAAACGAUCCAAAUCCGUUCCGCGAGGUGGUAGAAAGGCGAGUGGGGAACUGGGCAGACUCACAUCACAAAGUGAGACAAGACUGAGCAGCUCGACAGAGCUUAAUAGAAGUUAUAAUAACUUACAGAAUGCUCACAAACAGCUUACUGCUAAUGUCACUCAACUCGAAGCUGAACUAAAGGCACUAAAGAUUCAACAGCGCCGAGAGGAGGCAUUACAGAAAAAGAAGGCUCACGUUGAGGCUUUGAAAUUACAGAAACAAUCCACCAAUGCUUCUCAUAGAACAAGACAUGCCCGUACUAAACUUAACCAUGCACGACGUAUUGACGAAGGAGCGUCCACGUACGCAUUGCACCAACUCCAUAACAUGGAGUCAUCACACAGAGCCCACUUGUUGAGAGAGACUCAGGCUCACAUAAACGAACUUAAAUCUGAGAUAAAGCAACAUAAAACCAAGCGUUCAGCUAGAAUCAUCAAGGAGAGCAGAGAAAGUUGGGAACAGUUGGUGAACAAGCGACAAUCCCGUGCACUGCAGCGCGCUGAUGUAAAGGUACGGCGCCACGUCAGGGACAAAAGUGCUACAGCUCGGCGCAUGCGCUUGGAGAGACAACAUGCCCACAACAUGAGGAUGGUUAAGGAAAUGGAGGACCUUCAGUUGCUGCGAAACCUUGAUAACAUUAUCAGCAAGGACAAGAAAGCGGAAUAUUUGCAGUCAGAAAAAGAGCGGAUGAUAAAAAAGUGCCGAUCUUCGUCUCAACGAUCACGCAGUACCAAGAUGCGCAACUCCAAAUCGUUUGACGCAAUGAGCCGUGAAGCAGAUCUUAUGGCACAACUGGAGGCGCGCACCACGGCACCACGUUGGAGAUAAGUCAGAAGACGGUACUUAGUCCGGGGAGGCAAUGAUGGCUGGUGUUGGGUUAUCUAGCUACCCUGAAACAAGGCGGAGCAGGGCUCUCUAUUUAAUUAUAACCAACAGAUACCCAGCAUCAUGCAGGCUACUAAACAAACUGAACAAGCUCUAUUCAAAGUACCAGUCUCUGAGACGAACGAAAUAGUAAAUAGUGAUAUAAUCUUACUCUGAUUUGAUUGGCCGGAACAGUUAGUGGUUACUCUUCUUGUUAGUACCGUGCAGGGUUGGUGGAUUACAUUUCACUCCAUCGAAUUGAACGCGUCAUAUUCAGCCACUCUCUGAUCUAACUGAUAGUUUAAUACCAACCCCUCCCUGGUUAUUCUGUCGCACUUUUUCUUUGAUGUGGGUUGAAUUUCGCUUUUAGACUACCUACUUAAUAUUCAAAGUUGAGGUGUGUUUUGGGAUUCAAGUCACAUAUGUGGUUAUUUUAUGCUUGUUAUAAUGUGCUUUUGUUCCGGUUAUUAGUCUUUAACCUUGUAAAUUUCUCUGUAUUAUACAUAUAUAAACUCUAAAGUUAAUCGUAUUACUAAGUGCAUAAUAAAUACGAGGAAUAUAUUCGUUGAAACUUUACCUCCAUAAUACUGGCUAACGUUCUACGUUUGUUCUACACAGUGUACACUGAGAGAUACUUUGUAUCUUUCCUACCCUUUCCUUAAUGUGUGAGCUUACACAAUUAUUUGAACUCAUGUUUUUACAUCUCAUGUACAGCUCAUGUUUUUUUGCAAUCUGCAUUCUGCACGCUUUCGAUAUUGUCGAACUAUAUCAACUAUGUACUAGUUUGCUUUAAGUCAAGAUGGGAAUAUCUCUGAUUUAUAUCAGUUUUGACUUUAUUUUCAGCUUUUCAGAUGAUAGUGCUAUUGUUAAAGUUCCGUUAUGAUAGGUAUGGGAAUUUAAGGUAUGGUAUCCUAGUUAAUGUGAAAAACCUGACGUCAUAGAUUGUUGCUCAGUUGCAUGCUAAAAUUCCCAUACCAUAAGCUUGGCAUACAGAACUGGAUAUCUAAAAUCGAGUAGGCAUGGCAAUAUCUAUUGUUUAUUGUUUAUCAGACAGAUUUAUGGUUGUAUUAUAUCAUGAUUAUUUAUGGCGUUACAUGUAUCUAAUUGUAAAUCUAUUUAUUUUGUAACGUUGCGA